AUGCCAUGUGCUCAUGCAACUCGUGGUGCUACCCUAAGCGAUAAGUCAUUAUACAAUCUAUGCUCUCCGUACUAUAUAUCAAAAUAUUGGAGGGGUGCCUAUAUGGAAGUCAUAAAUCCCGUUACACGGGAAGUGGAUUGGGUUGUUCCAAAUGAAAUCCUAAGUACUCAUAUUUUGCCACCGAUUGUAUGUCGUCCUCCAAGUAGACCACCGACGCGACGUAAGCGAGCUAGAUAUGAGUCCACUACCCAACUGAGGAAAUGCACUCGAUGUGGGAGACUUGGUCAUAACCGGACCACAUUUGGAAACAACAGCGGCUUGAAAACCUACACUACUGCGGUUGCCUAUUAUGGAGAUACAGUUUCUACACGUAUCUAG